UGAUUGGCAGCUAAUCUCACAAUACUAUGUUUAUAAACAACAGCUGGAAAGAAAUGACAGUGGCACAACUGUUACAGACAAGUCAUAAUAGUUUAUCUUCCUCGUGUCAUGAGGGGCGGGUUAUUUUUCUAUUAGUACUCUUAUUGAUAAUUUCUGUAAAAAUAUGUAUGAAUGUCGCACGAUCCUUUAAAGUAUAUCGUUGCAUGUCAGAAUACUAGAGACUGAUAGCUUUAAUAUUUUCCUUCCUUUUCUUGGUUUGGAAUUAAAUGUAUUUUUGAAAUCACCUUAGCAAAGUUUUGUGGUAGCCUAACAGAACUAUUAUUUUGAUCAUUUGGAGGAGUAGGAUGUUGUAUGAUGAACCUGAGACAUCAUUAUUGAUAAAUGGUGACAGUAAAGAUGCAAGUGAAACAAAACCUUUGCAGAGUUCUGUAUCAUCUUAUACUCGAGCGGUAGGCUGGUGCUCCAGAAAAUGUACAUUAGAUCUUUUAAAAAGAAGAGUACCUAUCGUAGAGUGGUUGCCAAAAUACAGUAUAGAAGAUCUGAAAGGUGAUUUGAUUGCUGGAAUGACAGUUGCACUUACUGUCAUUCCUCAAGGCUUAGCACUAGCAUCAUUAGCUAAUUUACCACCACAGUAUGGCUUGUAUACUGCCUUUAUGGGCUGUUUCAUGUAUACAAUUUUUGGAAGCUGUAAAGAUCUGACAAUUGGACCAACUGCCAUUAUGUCUCUCAUGACUGCAGAACAUUCUGCAUCUGGUGGAGUGGUAUACGUUAUUUUGCUCACAUUCCUUUCUGGCUGUAUUCAAUUGUUAAUGGGUGUUCUUAAUUUAGGUUUCCUAGUCACAUUCAUAUCAUCAUCAGUUGUGAGUGGAUUUACAUCUGCAGCAGCUAUCACAAUAGCUACUACACAAAUUUCAGGUAUUUUUGGCAUGAGUUCUAAAUCUGAUGGAUUCAUUGAUGAUGUUUAUCAUUUUUUUUCUGGAAUAAGUCAAGGAAAUAUAAGAUAUUGGGAUAUGACAAUGGGAUUUUGCAGCAUAGCUUUUCUUUUUAUGUUAAAAUAUUGUACCUCUUUGAAACUUUCUUGCUGUGGUUCAAAAGCUCAAAGGAUACUAGAAAUUCUGCUGAAAACAAUGAGCAUUGCUAGGAAUGCUCUACUUGUACUGUCAUGUGCUGGUGUUGCUGCAAUUCUUAUAUCAUACAACAUUGAUAAGCUGACUCUUACUCAUGAAGUCAAGGCUGGAUUGCCACCAUUUGAAUUCCCAACAUUUUCACUUCAUUAUUUUAAUAAUAUCACAAAUGAAACUAUUGAUAAAAGUUUUAUUGACAUUGUUCAGGAUAUGGGUACAGGACUUAUCAUUAUUCCUUUGUUGUGCUUAUUGGAGGCAAUAGCUAUUGCAAAAUCUUUCUCAAAGGGUAAGAAGAUAGAUGCUACACAAGAAAUGAUUGCGUUUGGUUUUUGUAACAUCAUGGGAUCAUUUGUUUCUUCAUAUCCUGCAACUGGUAGCUUUUCUAGAACUGCCAUAAAUUAUAGCAGUGGUGUUCGUACUACAGCUGGUGGUGUAGUUACAGGUAGUCUUGUGCUGUUAGCCUUAGGAUUCAUGUCUCCAUAUUUUAGAUUCAUCCCCAAAGCUUCAUUGUCUGCUCUUAUAUUCAUCUCUGUGCUCAAUAUGGUACAUUAUGAAGAUGUUAUCAUUAUGUGGAGGACAAAUAAGCUGGACCUUUUACCAUUUGGUGCUACCUUCAUUUUAUCAUUCAUUUUAGGAUUAGAGUAUGGUAUUAUGAUUGGCAUUGCAAUUUCAUUAGGAUUGCUUUUAUUGCAAGCAUCCAAACCAAAGUUCCUCAUUGAAGAACGACAGACAUAUCUUGGUUGUCGUUAUUUGUAUGUAAAGCCUGACAGGACAGUUUUAUUUCCAUCAGCUGAAAAAUUGCAAACAAGAAUAUUAAAAUCUGUACCAGAUCAAUCUGAUAAGAGUGUUUGCUGUGUUUUAAUUGAUGGAGAACAUGCUACAACUGCUGAUUAUACUAUGUCUCUGAAUAUGAAAAGUUUGACAAAUAGUUUGAAAAAUGAAAAUGUUAAAGUGAUCUUUGUCCAUCUAAAGCCUGAUGUACAGAAUUCUCUCAAAGGCAGUGGUCUAGCUGAUUUUAUGAGCUUUCUGACAAAAGAAGAAGCUGAAAAUUAUAUUGAUGCUAUAUCAGUAUGCCAGAACUCAUCAGUUUCUUAUUGCAUUGCUUUUCCAAGACAUAGUCUGAGGAGUGAUGAUGUAAGCCUGCAUGAUUCAUGAUAAAAAGAAAUGUAUAUCUAUAUAUAUAUUUAAUAAUUUAUUUGAUACUUCUGUUGCUGGCACUCCAAGUUGAAGUAUUUGCUCUGUGAAAUGCUGGAGUACUGCUUAAUUGCAUGCAAUUUUUGUUAGGAGGUAUAACAUUUUGUUGCAAACUGAACUGUAUAUAUGUUGAUAAAAGUGCAGAUGCACUAAAUGUUACAGAAGAAAUAUAUAUAUUUAGUUUUUAUUAUUCAAGACAUUUUAUGACACUGUUGAUUUUUCACAUCAAGUUUAUCUAAAUACACAAGUUUUGAAAUGAAACAAUUUUGUAGAAAUAAUAAGUUAUUUUAAUUACAGUCUGUUGGAAUAUUUUUGUAAUAAAUAUUUUUAUUCAUAUUGUU